UAUCAAAACAGAGGAAAUGGAAGCAAUUGUUAGAAAACAACAACAAAGGAAACUUCUCGAGGUUGAUAAACGUGAGCUGGAGUUUACGGUUAGGGGCAGUAGAGUGAAACCACAGAAGAUUGACCGGUGGAUGAAGCGUAAUAGCGUGACUAAAAACUCCUUAUAUGCCCCAAGUCCAGCAACAUCUACACCUUCUGCUGUGGACUGCCGAACCAUCUCUGAACGUGGCUCUCCAGUUCCGAGUCCUGCAUAUUCGCCAGCGGCUCUAAACGCGUCGCCAGGAGGCGCCAUGUCGGCUGCUCAGAGUCCCGCGAUGGUCUCUCCAGCCCUCUCUGUAGCGAGCAUAGUCUGGCCUCGGAACAGCAACUUUGCUGGACAAAGUCCGGCUCCCACCUAUCAGCCACUCCCAAAUUCUAUUAUUAGCUCCGUACCUACGCAAAGCGUCUUACGGGGCCAAGUAGAUAUUGCAACAGGUCCUCUACAGCGUCGGUACAAACAAACGGACGAAGAGGGUCUGCAAGAAGCACUAUCACAGGCAGAGACUUGGUUCGGGAUUGGCCAUCCUGAGACCUUCAGCAUAUUAUUCAAAUUAGGAGAUGUGCUUAUUGUUCAGGGAAGAUACAAGUCUGCAGAGAAAUUGAUCCGCAGGUUAGUGGAAGGCCACCGAACUGUGAAUGGCAAUAAUGACAAUAAUACGCUUGAUGCCUUGGAGCUUCUUGGGCGAGUUUUAGAAUGUCAAGGACUCUAUGCCAAGGCAGAGAAAUUGCUCCAGCACACAUUUAAAGCCAGAAAGAUGGUGCUUGGGGAGGAGCAUCCAGGCACGCUGACCAGCAUGGCCAACCUGGCGUCAACGUACAGGAAUCAAGGCCGGUGGAAGGAGGCCGAAGAGCUGGAGGAGGCCGAAGAGCUGUUUGUGCAAGUGAUGGAGACAAGAAAGAGGGUGCUUGGGGAGGAGCAUCCAGACACGCUGACUAGUAUGGCCAACUUGGCACACACGUGGAAGCUCCAAAGCCGGAAUGAAGAAGCUAUCUUAUUAAUGAAAAAGUGCUUCAAGCUACGAAAGCGGGUCAUUGGUCCUCACCAUCCUAACACAAACGCUUCGCUGAAAGCUCUAAAUAGGUGGCAAAGGAAGCAUUUAGAGAGCGGAAUCUAA